AUGCAGACUGCUUCUACAAACAUUUGUGAAAGAAUGUGCAGUAAGUCCAUCUGUGAAAUUUCCUUGCUAUUAAAUAUUCCACAGUCAACUGUUAGUGGUAUUAUAACAAAGUGGAAGCAACUGGGAACAACAGCAACUAAGCCAUGAAGUGGUACAUGGAAGCACAUGCUGAAGCACAUAGUGCACAGAAGUCACCAACUGUCUGCAGAGUCCAUAGCUAAAGACCUCCAAACUUCAUGUGGCCUUCGGAUUAGCACAACAGUGCAUACAGAGCUUCAUGGAAUGAGUUUCCAUGGCUGAGCAGCUGCAUUCACG